GAAACUAUUAAUUGCCCAUUCUCCACGUAGUAUAAGGUCCUCACAAAUUCCCUUCCUUGAUCCUCAUCUGUACUCUCUAAUUGUUGAGAAUGGACAAACGUUGCCGGAAGCAACCCAAGACCAGUACUAGUACUAGCCGCUGCUCUGAAGAAGUGAGCAGCAUCGAGUGGGAGUUCAUAAACAUGUCCGAACAAGAAGAAGAUCUCAUUUAUAGAAUGUAUAAGCUCGUUGGUGACAGGUGGGCCUUGAUAGCUGGUCGCAUUCCGGGCCGCAAAGCUGAAGAAAUAGAGAGGUAUUGGAUUAUGAGACAUGGAGAUGGAUUCGCCGGCCGCCGGAAAGAGAUGAACAGGAAACAUAAUAAUAACUCCUAAUUAUGCACGCCUCCAUCAACUAGGGAUUUUAAUUUCAUUUUCUUAUAUCUUCUCUUUGUUUCUUUGAGACGCUCUCCUUUGUAAGUCGACAAGGUUUUGUUAAGAUGAAAGUAGCUAGUAGUAAGGUGUUGAAGCGCGCUUAAGCCAUUGUUGGCUUAAUUUUCAAAACAGCUUCUCUAUUGUAAACAUUUUUUCCUUCCAGAAUUGUUCUCUAGAAUCAACUUUGAUGCAAAUU